CAGGAAGGAUAUUCGGUUUCAGCCAUGUUACCUACAACAAAAUGGCAGCUCCAAUGCCGCUCUAAUGCCGCUCUUGCUUGUCAUUAUGGCACGAUAUCGAAAAAACACACUCGAUAAUCGCAAUUAAUAUGCUCAACGGUGCUCAGCGGUUAACCGGUUUAGUUGUCAAACCUGUCAAACACAUACGCACUAACCUAAUCUACGCGUAGACGCCAUUUUCUUGUUGGGUAAGAUGGCCGAAUCCGGAUAUCCUGCCGGACACAGCUAUUCAGCCGAAGGUAGCGAUCUAGUUGUUAGAUAGAUAUCUGUGCCGACGGUAUAAGUAGAACCAGUAGCGUCACUUCAUAAAAAUAGCGUCGGAGAAUUGCUACAGCGCAUGCGCUACAUUACUACCCACAAUAUGGCGUCAACUGUAUAAUAAGCACAUGUUCUGUGAGUGAAGUAUGCUUAUGUUAUGUUAUAUUAUUACAUUAUUAUAUUAUUAAACAAGAUUUGUGUUAUGGAGCGUGUAAUUGUUGGCGGUUUUAUGUGCGCAAUGAGUGAUUGCAAUAACAACUCGGGAGCGGAUCGUCAUUUAAGUUUCUUUCGUUUUCCAUCUAAUUCAGAAAGAGCAAAAGUGUGGCUACAAGCGUGUGGCAUAAAAAAGAAUAUUCCAGAAAAAAAACUCUACAAUAAUUAUAGAGUUUGCUCAAAACAUUUUGCCCCCCACAUGUUUUUAAAUAAUUUAAAAAAUCGACUUCAGCCAUAUGCAGUUCCAAUAAGUGCGGUUCCUAAUAUUUCCAACGAAGCUGUCACUGCUACUAAAAGUGAAAUCAACGUUGAAACUUCAAUAGAAAAUUGUACAGAAGAUGUACAAGUAAAUGUGCCCGAAGUUAAAAUCAGUUAUUCAAGAGCCAAUUUGACAGAUGCUAUUUCAAAUGCAAUAGAUUUUAAUUCAUCAAAUAGUGUUCUACAAUGUAAAGAAGAUAAAGCUACUGAAACCGAACCAAAAUUAUCCAAUCGAACACCAAGGAAAGAAACUCUCAGAAGAAAAUGUGAUACUGCAGAAAAAAGAUUAAAACGUGCCAAACUUAAAUAUAAUAAGGAAAAAAAUUUAGAUGAUAUUACUUAUAGCGAUUUUCAGAAACUCCUUUACAAAUUUUAUCCAAAACCGAUAGCUGAUUUUAUGAAAGUUCAGGGAGAUAAUUUCAAUAACAAAAAAAAUGGUAAUAGAUAUACUAAAGAAUUUAAAAUGUUCUGUUUAAAUUUAUAUUUUAAAGGUCCCAAAGCUUAUAGAGCAUUAAGUAAUACUUUUAUUUUACCAUCAAAAAGAACACUUGAACGCAUUAUAGAAGGACUUAUAAUUCCUCCAGGUUUAAAUAAUAUUAUAUUUGAAAGACUUAAGAUUAAAACUGAAAAUUUGCAUUUGUUAGAUAAGUAUUGUUGUAUUUGCAUUGAUACAAUGUCAUUAAAAGCAAGUUUAUUUUAUAUGAUUAAUAGAGAUAUAGUAAUUGGAUUUCACGAUACAGGUUAUAGUAAAACAUUUUCAACUGCAUGUAAUGCAGCGAUAAUCAUGGUCAGAGGUUUAACAAAUAAAUUUAAGCAAUCACUUGGUAAUUUUUUUCUUAAUUCUGCUGUGGAUGCUGAUGAGUUGCAAAUGAUUACUAUUGAAUGUGUUUAACGGCUUCAAAAUAUAAAUUUAAGAGUUGUUGCAGAAGUAAUAGAUAUGGAAACGGAUUAUAAAAAAACAGCUAAAAAAUUAGGUGUAACUCAUGAGAGACCUUACUAUACUGUUAAUGGGCAAAAAAUAUUUUACUUUUUUGAUUCACCACAUCUUAUAAAAGCAGCUAGAAAUAAUUUAUUGAAUAAUAUAAUUAAAUCAGGAGAUAAAAUUUUUUCGUGGCAACACAUUGAAAAUUUAUAUGAAGUUAAUAAAAAGAAUUUUAAUAAAUUAUUACCUAAAUUAAAUCAGGACACACACAUUCAUCCCAAUAAUUUUCAACGAAUGAAAGUAAAAUAUGCAGCUCAAAUUUUAAGUUUUUCUGUAGCUUCUGCUAUUAAUACUAUGAUCUCAUUUGGACGUUUGUCGACAUCUGCUAAAGAUACAUCAGAAUUUGUUGAAAAAUUAGAUGCUGCAUUUGAUAUUUUUAAUUCAUCAUCCGUUAAAGGAAAGAAACCAAGCAGAAUCGCAUUUACAGCUUCAGAAGAAUUGGAAUUUUUAAAAUCAUUACAAACAUUUUUCAGCAGUCUUACAGUUUUUACAAAAAAUGGCAAAGAUAUUACAAACAAAGUUAAUGUAUUUAAAUGCUGGAAUCAAAACAUAAAUAGCUUAAAUCAAAUGUGGGAAUAUUUAAAAAAAAUUAAUUCAGGCUUUCAAUUUUUAUUAAUGAGGCGUAUUAAUCAAGAUAUGGUCGAACAUACAUUUGGAAAUAUUAGAAAUUUAUCAGGCAAUGCAUUUAAUCCAACUCCAAUGCAAUUUUAUUAUUCUUUUAAAAAAUCAUUUGCUUCUAAUCAUUGUUUAAUUCAAACAGGAAAUUGUACUUUAGUUGUUGAAGAUUCGGAAACAGAUAUGAUGACUAGAAUAAACGAGUUUAGAGAUGAAAUGUUUAUGCAAAAUACAUCAUUGCAAAAAGUAGUACCUGUUGAAAUUGAUGACCAUGAUUAUCGACAAAAGGACAUAGUUGAGGAAAAUGCAUUUUAUUAUAUUUGCGGUUAUCUUAUGUCAAAAAGUUUAAAACAACAUUCCUGUGAUACAUGUGAAAAUUUUGCUAAAGACAUUGAUAAUUUUAAUAAUAACAGAUAUUAUACAUUAUUUAGAGCAACAAAAUCUACUGAAAAAAAUAUGUAUGGCGGAUUAUGUGUUCCAAACCAAAUAUUUGUAACUUACAUAAAAAAUUUAGAUAAUAUUUUUUUUAAUCAUUUAAAUACGCUUAUUUUAAAUGAAUCCGUUCUUGUUACUAUGAUUACUUUAUUAGAAACAGUAAUUUGUCCUCACCCAUGUAAAGAUUUUCCAAAAAAAUAUUUUUUUAAAUUGUAUGCCAGAGUUCGUCUCUAUUUUACUUUAAUAUUUGCAAACAGAAAUUU